UUUUGGCGGAGCCUGCCCGCAUCGUGUUAGCAUAAAGGUUGCUAAACUGCUUUUAAAUAUACGUGCUGUAAAAUGCCAACUAAGGACGUUAACCAGAAAAAUUCGAAAGAAGAAAAAACUAAAAAAAAGACAUUUUUGGACGAUUCUGAAGAUAAAACGAACGGGCUUCAAAACCUUGACCUUGUACUUGCCCAGUUGUGCUCAUUGGACAAGGCAUUGGAAAACACUCCUAGCGAACGAAAGAAGAAAAAAAAUGACGACCGUUCGAAGAAAAAUUCAGACUUGCAUAAGAAGGAGGUGAAGCCCAGAGCCGAAAAACUUCACGGAGCAAAAGAAUGUGCUAGAAAGGGGGACAGGAGAUCGCAAUGUAAUCAUCAUAAUAAUAAAGAGCACGAUACGGACAUAAAUGCGAACAAAGUGCUGUCCAGCAACAAGCGAACUAAAAAGAAAGAAGAAGCUGAAAACAGCAAACUCGCCUCCGGGCUUGAAACGAAGAUACUAUCGGUCAAUGGUAGCGCUAAGACCGGUGACACGUUUGAAAUCUUUGGUAAGACGGAGAGGCAAAAUGGGAAUACUUCAAAGCUAAAGAAAGUCAAUAAACGAACUGCGGAACUGGAUUGCGCAAUAACCAGGUUCCGGUCGUGUGAGUCCUUUCCUUGUGGUGGCAGUUUGAAUGGAAAUGCUAAUUGUAAGACAGCUACCAAAAACAUUCUAAAGUUGUAUGACAGCGCUCACGACAUAAACUACGAGGAGGAAGCGCUUAGACGAAACUUGAGCCUUAUGAGUUUCAGUGGUAGCUGUGAGAAGAGACCUAGAUCAAUAAACCGGCUCCACAAUACUGAUAUAAUGAGAGGACGGUGCGUUUCAGGUGACAAUGAUGGCCCUGGCGGGGCGAGUAGCCUCGAUAUAGAAGGUGCAGUCGAGAUCAAGCAAGGGGGUUCUGAAUAUCGUGUUCACAGCGGCUUUAGAUCCUCAGGCGAGCCAUUAUCGCAAAUUAGCGGCCUUGGUAACGCUAGCUCGAAAUUUGAAGCAGUGGCUAGCAUUUGCGACUGCGCAUCGGCUUAUGGUGGCAGCUUGAAUGUUGAGGCUAUUGAAGUUGGUGACUCUAAGAAACACUCUUUGGAAGAUGGAAAGAAGACCAGUGGGGAUAGUUGCAACGCAAACCGUUCCCCUGACGAAAACCAAAUGAAUUCGGAAUCUAAGACAGGACGGGCCAGGUCGCGAAAAGACGGUAGCGACCGAAGAAGCAGUCGAAAGAAAACCUCCAAAAACCGAGAGUCUAAUUGUGCAGUCGAAGAUAGAAUCACUCGCGCAAUUGUGGAAACUAAAGCAGGAGAUGACGCGACUUCUAAGAGAAAGAAGGAACGGAAUGAGGAAAGAGCAAGACGUCGUAACCACCGUGCCCAUGAUGUGUCCGGUUUGUCACACGGUUCGAAGUUAAACGGAAGCUUAUUGGCGUCUGAACUUGAAGCGAAAAUGAAGAUUUCAAGCACGAAGGCGAUCAGAGACAUUAGUGCAGUCGUGCGUCCUGAUUCGAGGCUGGGAAAGACGGAUUCUAAAUCUCACCAUUCAAGUCGAAAGUCGGAGAAACGGAAGGACAAAACGACCCAUCGGGUGACCAGAAAAGAAAAAGAGGGUUACCAUCACGAAAGCCGUAGAGUUUCUUCCGACGAGGGUCUCCCGCGAUCCCCGCCGCAAACAACACCGAUUUCUCCUGCGUGUAUUACUACAUCGAGUCCGCACCAUCACGAACUACUAUCCCAGUCUUCGCCUUCCAUGCGACACUCAAAGUCCGGGAGUCAUUCGACUAGGAAUUAUUCCCCUUUAAGCAAAGUGUCCAAAGAAACGAAAAGCGGACGAAAUGACAUUGAUCGUAGAGAAAGAAGUCGGAAAGAUGCGAAACACCAUGAUGAAACUAGGUCGAAGCAGAAAGGCUCGCGAAUUGCGGAAUCUUUAAAAUGGCACACCGAAGUACAGGCGGCGCAGGUCACGUUGAGACCAGAACGGCGAAGUACGAAACAAUCUAAAAAACAUGACCAACGAGACAGUUCCCGAAACGCUGGAUGUAAUCAUUCAUAUAAAAUCCACAAAUCUACUAGUUCGUCGAGGUCAUCCGCGUAUACGUCUUGUUCGUCCGUUUCUCAAUGCUCGGACUCGUUUUCGGGAACUUGCUCAAGUCCGUCAUCAUCUGAAUCCGACCGAGGUGAUUACAAACUUCGUCCGCACGUAUUGCGCAAUGGCCAUAAGGCGAAAACAGAUAGCAGGAGUGCGUUCAGACACAACUCUGGUGCCCGGGAGAAACCAAGUCGAGAGGACAGACGGGGUUACAGUCAUUCACCAACCGCAGAACAAGAUAAGCAGACUUCUAAAAACAAACGAACUGACACAUCUUCGACUGUCUUCAGACGUCGGCAGAGACACAAAGAAGAUAAACAUAACUCAUCAACACAGCCGUUACACAAAACCGGGGACACCGGGUUCGGACCCCGCCGAAGACCAAAAGACGUCCCCGCGGAAAACGAAGAAUACAGUUCAAAAUGGCAGCACCAUAGACUUGUUGUGGUGUCACAGAAGCCUACCGCCGAAUUUUUAAGUGGAAAGCCGCAAAACUCGAGAACACCACCAACGAAUAAGCGCAGGAUAAGUCCUCAACAAAAGACGUCUUCAAGUGAAGAUACGGAAAAGAAAUCACCCACAAUCCGUGACUUAUACUCGUUACACAACGUCCUUUCCGACACGCAAAACGGAACGGUGAUCUCAGGAUACCGUCGCAGUGACGGAAUGCGAGUAGCCAUCAAACGAAUUUCAAAAGCCGCCACAACUCGUUGGGGUUGGCUUGGUGGGAAAGUAGUUCCGCUUGAACUCGCCUUACUUUGUCAAGUAAACGAGGUUCGCUGUACUGGUGUAGUGGAGAUAGUAGAAUGGCAUGAGACAACAGAAGCCUUUCUGCUCGUGAUGGUCAGACCUCAUCCGGCUGUUGAUCUAUAUGAUUACGUUAGCAAGCACAAGCGAGUUAAGGAACCAUUGGCUCGACAUAUUAUCCGUCAAUUGAUCAAUUGCCUUCAACACUGUUUGAAACAUGGGGUACUUCAUCGGGAUAUUAAACUCGAAAACAUUCUCAUAAACCCAGAAUCAAUGGACAUUACCCUUAUCGACUUUGGCUGUGGUGAUUAUGUCAGGAGUGGACUUUAUAAAGAAUUCGCGGGCACACCUGAGUACUAUGCACCAGAAUGGUUCCUACAGAAGCAAUACUACGGCGAAGGUCUUACUGUGUGGAGUGUGGGCGUGCUGUUGUAUUCCUUGCUUUGUGGCUCGCUGCCUUUUCGUUCGGCGAAAGACAUCACAGAAAAGGAAAUUACCAAGUUUCCGAACGACAUUUCAAGAAACGGUCGCGAUUUACUUGCAAGCCUAUUGCAGAAAAACCCUCGCGAUAGAAUAAAGCUGGGAGCAGUGAUGUUUCAUUUGUUUUUCAAAUAUGAAAGGGGUCCGAACGACGGAGUAGGAUCUCCACUGUACCGAGAUGGCGUUUAAUUGUCUUAGAAAUUUGUGCUAUCUUUGUCAUGGUGCAAUUUAUAAGCCGAAAAAUGCCGUGGCGAAAUCAGUACCUUUCAAGUUUCUUCAGUACUAUUUUGCACUUGCUUUGAGUUGGCGCCAAAAUGCAAAUCAAAGCAACAAUAUGUACGUUCUGCUGCAUAAGUUAUCGAGUGUAUUUUUCACUGUCGAUCUUCUUUUUUGUUUAAAAUGUACGCCUGCCGCAAAUUGUAUGCGCGCAAUAAAAGAAAUGGAAUUACAA